ACAAAGCGUUACAGGUCAAAAGAAGAAGAAGUAUCUGGCUGACUGUGACAUCAAGAUCAGGGUCAGCGCCCAGGAAGAAGGAAGAAGGAGCAGUGGAAGAAGGAGCAGUGGAUCACGAGUAUUCAUCCAUCGCCAUCCAUGACUCGGUGGACUUUCAGGAGCCCUGAUAUCUUCUCCUGUUUCUCCACCCUGACUGCACUCUGUGUGUUAUCCCUACAUCCAGAUUUCCGUCCUCAGACACUGUCGAACCUAGAAUUGAAUCAUGAGUUUUGGUUUCAAGAAACAAAGGAGACAUUACAGUGAUGAGGGAGAAGAGGUCAGUCCACAGCAAGGCUUCACAAGGAAUUACCAUGGAGACAGGGCAGAGAGAGGCAGUCCAGGGGCUUGGAAGGUACCAAGAGGGGACACUUAUGGGAAGAAGACCAAGAGAAAGUGGCAAGAAGAGCUGUCUGCUGAGUUUGUGACUGUGAAAAGCCCAAACAAACCCCGCAGCUACACGGUGAGCAUUGCCGUGCCUGCUUCCAUCCUUGUGGAGACCUGCAUCAAGGACAGCCUGCGCACCUAUGUUGUGGGACAGAUAGCAAGGGCUGCCAAUAUAUACUCUGUCGAUGAAAUUGUUGUGUUUGAUGAUAAAUGCUGGAAAAAGAGUGAUGUCACAACGCAAGCUGAAAUCAAGGACUUUAUUGAAAUGAUGCAGCUGCUGCUCGAGUACCAGGAGUGCCCACAAUACCUGAGGAAGCAUCUGUUUCAGUUCCACCACCACCUAAAAAAUGUUGGUGUCCUCAAUGCCCUCAACUCACCACACCAUCUGCGAGUCAACCAGUGGUGUGAGUACAGGGAGGGUGUGGUGCUUGACAAGAGUAAUAAAUCUGCAUCAUAUGUAGACAUUGGCCUUGGCACAGACGUGUUCAUCAACCAGCCACUGCAGUCGGGCCUGAGGGUAACAGUCCACUUACCCCCAGAGGCUCGGGAGGUGAAGCGGCCAUAUGGCACUGUUGUGUCUCCCGAUGAACCGAGGGAAAAGGCUGGUUACUACUGGGGAUACACAGUCCGUGUAGCAAAUUCCUUGUCAGAGGUUGUUGCUGGCAGCAGGUUUCCUGAUGGUUACGACCUCUUGAUUGGUACAUCUGACAAAGGAGAAGAUGUUGCAACAGUUGACCUUUCAAAGUUUGAACAUGCUCUCAUUGUCUUUGGAGGUGUUGAAGGCCUUGAGUCUGCCUUGGAAGCAGAUUCUGAUCUUGAAGCAACAGAGCCCCAGCAUCUCUUUGACUUUUAUGUCAACACAUGUCCCAUGCAGCAGACCCGUACAGUGCGCACAGAAGAGGCGGUGCUGAUCACCCUCUGUCAACUGCAGGGCAAACUUGUGGGUGCACAGCAAAUAUAUUAAUGUGAUCUGCAAUAAUCAGGAGAGAGAGACAGACUUGAGUGGGUAGUGUGUACUGUUUCAAGUCUGUGAUACUUCUGCUCUGGUCCAGUGUAGAUACAACCCAGUCUGUGGUCUUCAGCUGCAUGCUGCUGCAAGCUCCCCUCAAGUCUCAAGGUUUGUCUGUUUUUCUUUGCCAUAAGAUCUAUUACAUUUAUCCUUGUGAAAGUGUAGCUUCAUGAAUGUUAUUGAAAGAGUUCAGUGCAUAAUCAUCAGUGUUAUUUUUAAAGAACUUCUAGUAGUAGUAGUAAUAGUAGUAGUAGUAGUAGUAGUAGUCAUGAAAAGUUGUACCAGCAAUGGAGGACAAAUCAUAAUGGUCUAUUUUUUUAUAUUAGAAGUCUCCUGACUCAACCUAUCAGAAUUUCUAAGGCUUUCUGAUUUCCCUGAAGAUUUUUACAUUGAAGAGCAACCUCAAAUUCAGAGUAUUGAUCACAGAAUAUAACAAGUGAUAAGGUUUUCAGUGUUGCAUAUAUUAGGUGGGCUGCUCAGACUUUCAAUCCAGGCCCACAUUAUUCCACAGCUACCUUUCUUCUUCUUCCCAUCAUUUUCACUAGUGUUAUUUCUCCAUCCAAGGACUCCCUUAUUCUGUUGCAUUAUUGCCAUUUUGUUUAUAAAUGGCCCAGCAGCCUUUGAGAGAUGUAAUUAGAUGAAAAAUUACUUCACAUUCGUAAGGAGCAGGUGGUUGUGGUGAGGGGCCCCCACAUGCUUCUCACCAUGUUACACAAAGAGUAAGGUAGCACGUACCUCAGCUUGUGGAGAGAGAAUGGUCUCAUUGUGUUUCCUAGAGCCCCACGGAUCUACAUGAUUCCAAAUAAUCUGCCUCAGCUUGAUGAGACUUGAGAAAUCUUGUCAAAUAAACUGCCAUCUAUUGUUUGAAAAGUGUUUGUUGUUUAAAGGUGGCAGGCCACAUCAAAUUGUAAUGGAAUGGGUAAAUUCAAAGCUGUAACUUACCGGAUACUUUGGUAUAAUUUUACAUUACGUUUGACUACCAUGCAUGCACUUUUUUUCCCAGCGCAACCACAACUGCUGAAAUUUUUUUGACAUGCACACGCACAUCCAAUUUGAAAAGUUGUGCCAUAAAGCCAAUUGUAACCUAAAAAAUAAUACUACCCCCAGAUUUUCCUAUUUAUAAAUAACACAAAAUGUGAUAAAUUCAAACAGUCAUUAACAUUAUUACACUUGCAAGUCUUUUGUAGAAUUUAUGCUGGCAUAACAUUACUUGUAUUACUUUUAAAAAGAGCUGUGCUGUGGAUCCCCUUGGUAUGUCAUUAUUUUUACCCUUUGAGUCUCCUUGAUUAUAUCUGUUGGCUUGGUUCACUUUGUGGUAGACCCGAAAACAGUCACAUGACAAAUGACCAUGUGGUGUAUGUGCUGAACUGUUCUUCCACCCUUGGAAGUUGGCUUAUUUCCCGAGGUAUACUCUCAGAUAAUCCUCAACACUGCAUUUACAGCAAAAUUUGCUCAGAAUGUAAAUAUAAAACAGCAGACACUUUAAUAAGUAAGCAGUCAAUGUUUGAGAUUCAAUUCCCUUAUUUUAAGAUUUUUGUUGUAAAGUUUUCCUUGCACUUGAAUAUUUUUGUGAAAGUUGUACUGUAACCAGUUACAUGACUUGAAAAGUUGCAGUGCAACUGCAAGGUCAACAACAAAGUUGUGCUGCAAAAGUUAAGGUUCAGCUGCCCACCUUUGCCUUUGACAGAAGGAAAGUCAUGCCUGGAACCAAUGUAGAACUUGAGCCAUGGCUCUAAGAACAAGGCUCGGCUUGCAUUUGUCUAUUAGAAUUGUAAGACUGAAAUCAACUCUCAUAGCUUAUAGAAAUUUUGCCUCUGUCAUUGAAGAGAAUGAUGUAACAAUGUAGUUUGCUCCUUGGGAAAAUUUUUAUACUAAGAAUAUAAGACAUUUAAUGAUUAAGAAAGCUAUAUUAAGAAGUCUCCUGUAGAAAGAAAUAAUAAAUUGAUAUUUUGCUA